AUGUAUUACUCAUACUUCAAUCCAACUGAGACUUAGUAAAAAUUGAUUGGUAUUUGGUUUAAACAAAAUAUUUAUGAGGCACAAGAUUAAAAUACAUUUAAGAUCUUGCUUUUUACUAAUUAAAGCUAAUAUGUGAAUACUUAAAUAGGAUUUCUUCCAGAGCUAAAAGGGUUUUUAUCCUCGUAUAAAGUUAUUGAUUCAAACAAAAAUAGGGGUAUGAUCUUUAGAACUACAGAUUACUACGAUUAAUUGUUAAUAGCAUCUAGGAGUGAAGAUGUUGAUAUUUACGAAAUAGUUACUAGUGCUGUAUUUACCAUUAAUGCUUAGAUCUAAAAUAUGGGCACUGCUGUUAAUUUUGUUAGGGAUAAAUUUAUGAAUCGCACCAAUUUGAUGAACUAGCUAUUUCUUAGCCCAUCUUUUGAGUUAGGGGAAAACUCUUUAUAUAACAUUCGAAUGCUUCAAGUUAAAAAGAUAAUUUAUGAAUUCGAUGACAUCUGCUAUGUGGGACUCAGCUGUAGAGUGACUGAACUUAAUUUUCGUUUAAAUGACUCAUGCUCUGAUCACAAUUAAGGGACUAGAUUUUACCUCAAGUUUACAACUUAAUAGCUUACAGAAAACUCCUAUGAAUUAGACACAUUUUUGCCAGAAUUGACAGACACAACAACAAGCAUUUUGCAAUAUAAAAUACAGCUUAAUAAUUUGAACCUUAAUCAUUGGGGUAAACAUAUAAUUAAAGGUACUUAUGGUAUAUAAGAUUCAAAAAGCUUUUUAUGGCCAUUAGAGACAUACAGCAAGCAAAUAUAGAUAAGAUACUGCCUUGAUGAUUAUUAUUUUGACAAGGAUAGAAGUGAAAAUUAUAUAGCAACUCAGUAUUACUUAUUAGAUUCCCAAGAACUUAUAAUAUAAGUUCCUACACCAUACUUAGAACCAAAGCAAGAAUGCUAUAAAGAUUUUAAUUAUCAAUCGAUUAUUUCUCCACAGCCAUAGGUUGAUUUUAUUAGAACACAAGACAAUUUGAAAUUUUUAAUCAGUACUAAUGAUAUUAAAGCUAAAGGAGUUUAUUAGAUCACAGGAGUUGAAAAAUAUUUAACCGAGCUCUUGCAAAGUGUUAAUUAGUGGUGA